AGAGAGGUCACUGAAGGCAAUAAAUGAGGCAAUCACGGUUUCAGUGGUUACUGUCAAACCAGCAGUAACAGUCGUCUACAUUAUCACAGACGUAAGCUGUUAUAUGCUAUGUAGCUUGGAGUUUAAGUAGCUUUUCUAGCUUCCGCUUCGGAUGCCAUCUUAAUCCCCUCCAACCACCGGAAGCUCUAGAUAAAGCCGAGGUUGCAAAGUGCGUCACAGUGCGGAGCUACUGAGAGUAAACGAGCCUGCCUGCAGCCCGGUAGCACCGACACUCUUCUGUUUGUACAAGAAACCUGAGCUAACGGUUGCACUCCAGCAGCAUGGUGAAGAUUGCUUUUAACUCUGCUCUGGCGCAGAAGGUGCUGGGCAAAGAGGUGCCAGCCGCUGAGAAGGACCCCGAGCUGGCCUCUGCUCCAGCGGGCAACGAGGGCUCCACAGGUCGCUGUCUGCUUACCCUGCUGGGCAUCGCUUUCAUCCUCAGCGGGCUCAUCGUUGGAGGAGCAUGUCUCUAUCGAUAUUUUACCCCAAAGAGACUGUAUCACGGUGCGAUGCAGUUCAGCGACGUGUCAGCCGGAGGAGAGAGCCAGCCGUACUACCUGCCACAGGUGGAGGAGGAGGUGGAGAUCUCUGACAGCAUGGCCGUCAUCAGCGUCCCACCUCCCCGCUUCAGACCUGGGGACCCUGCUUACAUCCUCCAUGACUUCAACAGGAAACUGACGGCAUAUCUGGACCUGACUCUGAGGACGUGCUUUGUGAUCCCUCUGAACACCUCGGUGGUGCUCCCCCCUCAGGACCUCAUCGACCUCUUCUCACAGCUGAUGUCUGGCUCUUACCGCAGCUACUUGGUGCACGAGGACUUGGUGGUGACGGAGCGUAUUGAUGAUAUCAAGCCUCUGGGCUUCUACAUCCGCCGGCUGUGUGACGGAAAGGAAACAUACAGAAUGCAACGCCGCUCCAGCCUCCCAGGUGGAGGCAUCCAUAAGCGCUCCGCGGACGAAUGCUUCACCAUCCACCACUUUGAGAACAAGUUUGUGACGGAGACCAGGAUCUGCAAGGCUUGAUGGGAAAGCAGGGAAGGCGUGGGUCACUGAGUGAGUGUGUGUGUGUGCGAGAGAGAGAGAGAGAGAGAGAGAGAGAGAGAGAGAGACUAAGAGGAAGUAAGCGAAGGAGGGAACAGCUUUCAGCAGAAAGUUACUUUUGUAUAAAACUCUUAACUCCAGUUUUUGCCUCCCCUUGCUUCGACCCCAGUGAUCAGUGAAUUUAAGUUACGCGUUAUCUAGACUAACCCCCCUCCUCUGCUGUACUCCCCUCUUGCUCAAGUAUUCACUAGUUAGUCUUGUACUAAUAACCAGCGUCAGCCUGCUUUAUAAUGAAUAUACUCAUUUGUUAUGAUGGUUUCUGUUCUGUUGCCGUAGCUUCCUGCUGAAUUAUCUUGUUGUCGUUACUGUUGCAACAUCCACUCGACUCCGGACGAGAGUUUUUAGUCUUUCUCCUGAAUAUCCUCCUGAUACCGAGAGGUCGUUCAUAUCAGACCAGUCUGUGUGUCAGCCUACUGUUCCACUUUUAAUGGGGUUUAUAAAGCAGAUCUACUAUAUGUUAUAGUGUGAUAUAGCACAAGUCACCCAGGAAAUGUAUGGUACAGCACAGUGACAGUACGCAUGUAACAUGGUCGUCCCUGUCUGGUAGCAGAGACGCUCGAGGCCCCGAGCUCUCGGGCACCUUUUUUUUUGUAGAUAUUUCCCAGAGGCCUCUGCUGUCCUGCUGCGUGAUCAUUUUAUGUAAUUAACGGUGUCAUACGUGACGGUGAGCAGUCCAGCACCCUGUAUGACUUUGUGUUUGUGUAGAGACUUCAUUUGUGACAAUGAACUUGAAGGAUGGAUGACGAGCUGCAGUAGUGAAUAAGAUAAAGGGAAAUUCACCAAAUUUGAAAAACACCUUUUCUUUCUGUCAGUUUUUAAAUUCUUAUUUAUGAAUCCGAGGUAGCUGUAAUAAAUAGCUCCCUAUAGGUGGCUACAAGUUGUGCAGAACUUUAUAUUUAAAAUUGUCACAGGAACAAUGUUUGUAGAAAUCUUCCCAAUGAAUCUGCAUAAAGCAAUUGUCCUUGAUUUUGAAAGCCCUUAAUGAAAACUUUGAAAGUAUGAAAAAAAGAAAUGGCCUUUUGUCAAUAACUUUAAAUGAUUUUCAAAGGUUUCCUACUCGAUGCCUGCACAGAAAGACAAUCAGACAGGAAGUGUGUGUGUAAAAAUGUGUUUUCUGUCUAACAAUACUAGAAGAAUAGAUUAAAAAAACAAUGUUGUGUGCAGCUACUGAAACUAUUUCACUUUGUUGCUGAAUAAAGUUGCAUUUCUUUACCUACUGAA